GCCGGUGCAGCGGCUCCAUUGGUCGGCGGCUCUCUUGAAUGAAGCGCCGCAGAAACGUGCAGCAGGAAGCCGUGUGGCCGCCGCAGGGAGCGACCGACGCGCAGCGACACGACCGCCGGGCGGGCUGCUGGGGUGGUCGGACACCGGUUUUCUGUCGACCAGAGGCGGCUGGCUCUCUCCCGGAGCUCGGUGUCGGAGAGUGAAUGAGGUUGAUGCUGCUCUGCUGCACCUGGAAGGACGAACGCAUGGGAGAGGAGGAAGCUGGAGGAAGUUUGCCCGUCUGUGCGGGAUGCAAACAGAGGAUCUACGAUGAGCAGUACCUCCAGGCCCUCAACACUGACUGGCACACCGUCUGCUUCAGGUGUUGUGAGUGCAGCGCCUCACUGUCCCACUGGUAUUAUGAAAAAGAUGGACGGCUUUUCUGCAAGAAGGACUACUGGGCCAAAUUUGGGGAGCUGUGCCACGGCUGCAACGACCCGAUCACCACCGGCCUCAUCAUGGUCGCAGGGGAACAGAAGUAUCAUCCAGAAUGCUUCACCUGUCUGAACUGCAGGACGUUCAUCGGGGAUGGAGACACGUACGCUCUGGUGGAGAGAUCCAAACUGUACUGCGGCCACUGUUACUACCAGACCAUCGUGACUCCGGUGUCGCUGCCAGACUCGCCAUGUUCUCGGAUCCCUCACACCGUCACGCUGGUGUCGAUUCCUGCCUCCGCCGAGGGCAACAACGGACGCAGAGGACGAGGUUUCUCUGUGGCCAUCGACCAGCCGCUCAGCCCAACCAACGGCUACAGUCCAGAACAUGGACGAACUGUCAGAGUCUCCCAGGUGGAUGCAGACUGCAUCAGUCCAGAUGUGAAAAACUCCAUUCAUGUUGGCGACAGGAUCCUGGAGAUCAACGGGACGCCGAUUCACAACGUUCCUCUGGAUGAGAUCGACCUGCUGAUCCAGGAGACGAGUCGGCUGCUGCAGCUCACCAUCGAGCACGACCCUCACAGUCAGGGCAGGGAGGGAGGCUCCUCUGAGGCUGGAGAGCAGGUGGACGGGCCCCUGUCCACCCCUCUGUCAGAGGGCCCCAGCCCCAUCCUGCCCAUCACUGAGCCCCCCAACUCCGACAUCAGCAACCUGAGGUCCCGCAUCAUCACGCGAAGUUACAGCAUCGAUAAGUCACCAGGCUCCAGCAACGCAGCGUCGCCCAUCUCCCAGAGGAAGGACAUCAAUCGAUCAGAGUCGCUGCGUGUCGUCUCAAAUCGAACUCACCGCAUCUUCCGCCCAUCUGACCUCAUCCACGGAGAGGUGCUGGGGAAGGGAUGCUUCGGACAGGCCAUCAAGGUGACCCACAGGGAAACGGGGGAGGUGAUGGUGAUGAAGGAGCUGAUUCGCUUCGAUGACGAGACACAGAGGACUUUCCUCAAAGAGGUGAAGGUCAUGCGUUGCCUGGAUCAUCCCAACGUGCUCAAGUUCAUUGGUGUCCUCUACAAAGACAAGAGACUCAACUUCAUAGCAGAGUACAUAAAGGGAGGCACCUUGAGGGAAAUCAUCAAGAAAAUGGACAAUAACUAUCCCUGGAACCAGAGGGUCAGCUUUGCUAAGGACAUAGCUGCUGGGAUGUCAUAUCUGCAUUCCAUGAACAUUAUCCACCGCGACCUGAACUCACACAACUGUCUAGUCCGAGAGAACAACACAGUGGUGGUGGCAGACUUCGGUCUGGCUCGUCUCAUGGUGGACGACAAGCACGAGGAAAAGCUGACGCAGGGAAAACUGUCCGGCUUGAAGAAGCCCGACCGCCGGAAGAGGUACACUGUGGUGGGAAACCCCUACUGGAUGGCUCCUGAGAUGAUCCAUGGGAAGAGCUAUGAUGAGAGAGUCGACAUCUUUUCCUUUGGUAUCAUGCUCUGCGAGAUCAUUGGCAGGGUGAACGCAGACCCAGACUACCUCCCCAGGGCGAUGGAUUUCGGACUGAAUAUUUCUGGGUUCCUGGAGCACUACUGUCCCUCUGAUUGUCCCCCUGCCUUCUUCCCUAUGGCUGCUGUGUGCUGCGACCUCGACGCAGACAAACGACCUGCUUUCUCCAAGCUGGAGGAGUGGCUGGAGAACCUAAAGAUGCACUUGGACAUUGGCCUGCCCCUGAUGUCAGAACUGGACCAGCUGCACAAGGCCUUCUGGGAGCACCACAGCGUCACACACCCCGAGAACGGCCUGCACACCCACCCCGAACAGCCGGAGUAGGGCUGAGCGCACCGGGAGGAAGUUGCAGAGUUAAUAUCACGAGGGUCGCGACCGCGGUUGGAGGAGUCGUGUAAAUAUCCUCCACGUUUCGGAGCGGAUGCAGCGGGCGUAGGCUGGCUCAGGCUUAACGAGUAGACUCAGGGGGAAAAUAAAUGUGGGUCUGAAAAGCCACCUGUGUGAGGCGCGCACACACAUUCAAAGUCAAAUCAAGAGACAUUACCGUCGAUAGCUCGAUUCUGCUGCGGCCGAAGCCCAAGUGGAACAUUUCAUAUGCAAUCAGACCCAACUUUCGAAUCAUGACUCAGCUCUUGAAUCAUGUAGAUUUACACAUUAGUGGUCAAGAAUACUUACUGUACUUACUGUAGUAUGUAUGGAAAAGUAAUCAAAAGCAAAUGAAAAAAAACAAGACGUAAAGCAAACCUUCGGCCGCCUCACUUGGGGCCACAUUGUGCAGUACGUGUUUGCAGGUGUUGCAGUGUGAGUUUGGUUUGAGUUUGCCUUUGGUUUGGAUCUCAAAACUGAACUUGUGAAAAAUGCAAAGGACAGCGGUCCCAUUUGUUGUCGCAGACGCAAAGAUUUAGAUCCACUACAAGUGAAACACAACCUUUCAAGCUUUAAAUAGCUCAGUGAAGAGUGCAUGACUGUAAAUAAUGCUGUCAGGUCAAAUCCUGGUCCAUCGUGUUCCUCUGACCUCAUUUGGUCAUAAACCACUAAUCUUCUCGUGUCGCUGCCCCUCCCCCCUAUUUAUUGUGUAGCACUGACUUUACUUUGAGGUACACGUGUGCGCCGUCAAUUUGGUACGUUGUCUCUCAAUUUUGCGAGCUGCUGGCGUAUCUCAUUCACAUUCAUACACAUACCACUGUACAUAGCUGCCGACAUUGUAAAUGUUUUAAAUAUUGUAAAUGUACAGACAUAUUUUAUAUACGUAUGCUACAUUGCCAUAUUUUUAUUGGCCGACCAGUCGAAAUGGAGAGUAAAGGUCUGACUGCAGUGAAAAGGGCACAGCUGAAAGUUUUAUCUUAUUUGUUUUUUCUACAUUCUCACCACUGUGGUAGGCUACAGGCUUUUAGGUGCCACAAAACAUGUCAAAUACAGUAAAUGCUAUCAUCUCUCUCCAUUUCAAAGCAUUUGAUUGGUCUUACUGGAGUUUUCAUGUAGCCCUAGGUGAGUGCUGGAAUAGACUUUAACAUAAUACUGGAUUGUAUAAUCACAUAAAAUUUCAAAAGGGGUUAAGUACCCUUUUGAAUUUGCUGAAACUCAAUCUACACAUUAUGAUCAGCUCUAAUUGUAUGUGAUAUCCUGAGGGCAAUCAGCUUGUUACUAAUGAGUCACUCGCCUCAUGUACUGUACAGUAGUGAAGGUGUGGGGAUAAUAUCACCAGGUACUGCCUCAUCAUGUCAGCUGUCUGUCCACAUACCUGUCUCUCACCCUGCGGAUGACCCACUGUUUGUUUACAUGUAAAUACUAGCUGUAAAUAUCACUGUAAAUACGUGUCUGUCCCUACAUCUGUCUGCGUGCUUUGCAAAAUUCUGCGCACUCCUCAGAACUAUUCUCUUAACACUGUCAGAUUUCUCUUCUUGCACCUUCUAACAUAACGAUCUCUGUCUGUAAUCUAAAAAAAAUCUUUCUUUUUUAAAAAAAUUUCCUGCUGGUGUUUUCACAAGCUGCAUGAUGUACUAGCUAGGUCUGUUCAGCUUCUUAAACCGAGCUAUUUUUGUCUCUAAAUAUUGUGGUUUUAAGUAAGAAAACAAAGAAUGAAAGACAAAAAAAGUCAACAGAGAAAGCCGGGCUAAAAAAAAAAGGAAAUGAGAAAAUAAAUAAAACACAGCAUCUGUUUUUUUUUUAUAUAUACCCACUGAAAUCCUUUUGUAUACAUUUGAGUACUUUUAUUUGCACUAUAUUACCAAAUGGCUGCUUGAAGCCAUAUUUGUUAAUUUUCUCUCUUGGGCUACUUGUGAUAAGGAAAUUAAUUAUGUCGGUUCAGGUUGAUAUAUGAAUGCAAGACACUGAUAGAGCCUUUCAACUGUAAAAAAAAAAAAAAAAAAAAAAGGGGUUCUGGGAAAUUCAUCCUCUCGGCAGCAAAGUGGAUAAUGUGAGGAUCGGUGAUGUUUCUGAUUAUUUGGAUGCAUUUUCAUGCAACUUUUAUGGAGAGUUUUUGCAGCAGGCUGUUUGAUCCCUCAGUAAUCUUAAGUAAAGUCAUAUAUCUAAGGCAAUACUAGUGAUAUAUUUCAUUUUCAAGACUUAUAUACAGGAAUAUAUUACAUAUAUUAUAAUUAAAUAUCACCUGAAAAACUAAGUUUCCUAGCGUUUGCUGCCAAGAGGAUGUGAUGUCCCAGCUCUGCCUGCUGCCUACAGACUGGUCCUUUGUAAAUGAUGUUCUGCGUUGUUUCUGACUGCUUGGUUUCAUGUGUGAUGCCCACAGAGGCUGCAACCACUGCUGGUCUCUCUGAUAUUAGAGCACUUAAACUGGCCUUCCUCACUCCUUCAUCAUACUCUUUUUGGCUCAGGGCCGUAAUUUUCUGGAGCUUUCUUCACAAUUCAGUUACUUCAGCAGCUUAAUAGGACUCAACAGUGAGAAUAGCAUGCAAACUUCUCUCGAUAUGUAGGCUGACACCACAGCUACGCUUCUCUAAAAACAAGCCCCUCCUGGUUGAUGUGUUCGUCCGUGGGCAUGUUCUGUACACGAGUGGCUUUGCCAUGUUUCUUUCUCCAUUCCUGUCUGAGCCAUGUCGAGCACGUUAGAUGUGUCUGUGAGGACGUGUUGAUGAUCACUGAGAAUGUUGCCGCAGCACUUCUUUGCAAAGGAUCGUUACCUCUGAACAAUGCUGUGCCUUUGUUGUAAGCUAGCCUUGCCAACGACUCGAAAACAUGAACUGAUUUCCUUUUUUUAAAUGUAUCAUAAGUGCAAGCCUGAUUCAAGUGGAGUGAAUUUCAUUGCUGAUACCAUGUUGUAUGAGAUUUCAUCUUGUUCUGUAUCAUAUUUAUACUUUCCAGAUCCUCAUUGUCAGUUUUGAUAUUUUAAUAUUUCCUUUUUGUCUUAUUUAAUUUUUUUUUUUUUUUUUUUUUUUUACACAAGCUGUGAAAACAAUUCUGCACUUUAAUCCUGAACGUGAACAUUUAGACUCUGAGGAGGCGACUGUUUUUUUUUUCUCCUUUUGUCACAGCUAAAAAUAAAACUGUUGCUCCUUAAACAAA